AUAUUUUGGAAAUUGCAAUGAAACAAUAGUUGGGUUUACACGGUCUGGCAAUGCUUUGAUUUGUACACACGUGGGUCUGGCGAAAAUGGCGACUGCUUCGAAAUCAGCUAAACGUCGCUAUGAAAUUGUUGAAAACAAAGGAAAUUCAGAAGAUGUGGACGAUAUUAUAGAAGCACAAGUCUCGGAUAAUGCCGAUGACAGCACUGAUGAAGAAUCAAGUGAAUAUUCAGGUUUAGAAGAUGACGAGGAGGAUGAUAGUGGUGACGAAGAAGAUGAAUCUGCCUGGGAGGAAGCAAGUGACGAGGACGAGGAGGAUGAUGAUCAAGAACAAGAUAUGAGUACUAAUGAGGACAGUGAAGAUGAUUCCGAGGAUAAAGUGGCACCUACCGCUAUCCCUAUUGAACAAGUUGGGUCCUCUGCACCUGUUGAAGAGCCAGCUAGACCAGUAGAGGAUGAGUAUGCUUAUGAUUCUUCAGAUGAGGAAGACUUAAGAAACACUGUGGGGAACAUUCCAAUGAACUGGUAUAAUGAAUACCCUCACAUUGGUUAUGAUUUGGAAGGUAAACCCAUCCUCAAACCCAAGCGAGGAGAUGAAAUUGACAACUUCUUGCGUAAAAUGGAGAACCCAGAGUCAUGGCGGACAGUAUAUGAUCCACAGACUGGACAAGAUGUUAUCUUAAGCAAUGAAGAUGUUGAACUCAUAAAAAAUGUGAUGGGUAGUAGAAUACCUGAUGGAAGUUACAACCCCUAUGAACCAUGGGUGGAUUGGUUCACCAAUGAAGUGAUGGAAACACCUGUGACGGGUAGGCCAGAACACAAGAGAUCUUUCAUUCCAUCAAGGGUUGAAGCCAUCAAAGUCGGUCGAAUGGUUCAUGCCAUAAAGAUGGGUUGGAUGAAACCCCGUGAAGCGAAAGAUACAUCUGUCGAACGGCACAAGUAUUAUUUGAUGUGGAAUGCUGAUGACAAGUCAGAGGAUGUUCGCCGAAUUGAAAAUCCUAUUCCUGCUCCUAAGCCUCGACUUCCAGGCCAUGCCGAAUCCUAUAAUCCACCUCCAGAAUAUGCUUUCUCUGAAAGGGAAAUCACGCAAUGGAAUCGUUUAUCAGAAACCCCUUAUCAGCGCAAAUUUCCCUUUGUUCCAAAGCGUUUUAGCUCGCUUAGGGCAGUUCCGGCUUACGACAGAUUCGCCCGUGAACGCUUUGUUCGUUGCUUGGAUCUGUACUUGUGUCCACGUGCAAAGAAGAUGCGUUUGACCAUCCAACCAGAAGACCUUGUUCCGCAGUUACCCAAACCACGAGAUCUUCAACCGUUCCCGACCGUUUGUUCUAUGAUUUUCAAGGGACACAAAGGCCUUGUUCGUACUAUCAGUCACGAUCCGUCAGGACAGUUCCUUAUUUCUGGUUCGGAUGACCAAACUCUCAAAGUAUGGGAGGUUGCUACUGGUCGUUGUUUUAAGACCUUCGAAGUGAAGGGUACGGUUCGUUGCGUUUCUUGGUGUCCGAACUCCGCCAUUGCCUUGGUUGCUGCCGCAGUUGAUAAUAAUGUUUAUUUAAUCAAUCCUGGCGUUGGGGACAGGCUUGUUCAAGCGAAAACAGAUGAAAUUCUCAAAGAAAUGCCAGCACAGACAGAUUACCUUAUUCCCCAGAGAGUUAGAGCAGUUUUGACGUGGAACGAGCCCGACAAGGAGCAAUGGGCUAGUGGAUUCCGUGUAAUUUUAACCCACUUUAAGGCCGUGAAACACGUGGCUUGGCAUUCAAAGGGCGACUACUUUUCUUCCGUCAUGCCAGAAGGUGACAACCGUUCCGUGUUGAUUCACCAGCUCUCUCGACGCAGAUCACAGCUACCUUUUAGCAAAUCAAAGGGUCUCGUUCAGUGUACUCUUUUCCAUCCACUUAGACCUUAUCUCUUUGUUGCGACACAACGCCACGUUAGAGUUUAUAAUCUUCUCAAGCAAGAACUAACUAAAAAAUUGAUCACUGGAGCUAAAUGGAUUUCGUCGAUUGCAGUUCAUCCAGGUGGUGAUAACGUCCUCGUUGGUACUCACGAUCGUCGUCUUUGCUGGUUCGACUUGGAUCUAUCCACCAAACCCUAUCAAGCCCUGCGUCACCACGGUCAAGGAAUUCGUGCUGUGGCUUUCCAUAAGCGUUACCCUCUCUUUGCUUCUGGAUCGGACGAUUGUUCUGCAAUUGUAUCACACGGCAUGGUCUACAAUGAUUUGUUGAAGAAUCCAACUAUUGUCCCGCUGAAGAAACUGCGUGGACAUGACAAAUUUGACGAUUUCGGUGUUUUUGAUGUUCUUUUCCACCCAACUCAACCUUGGUUGUUUACUAGUGGAGCAGACGGGACGAUUCGACUGUACACUUAAGACGUUACGCCUUGUGUGCACUCAAUUGAUUAUUACAUGAAUUCACCUCAUAA